CGGGGAAUCUUACAUGAACCAAUCAGAAGCGAUAACGCCACAGAAGAAGAAAGACGUAGAUGGCAGUGUAACGUGUUGCCACAGCCGUGAAAAAUCAACCGGAGGAAACAUUCGCGUACACAGAGGAGAACAGACUAACCCUUACCAGCCCGGAAAGAUCGUUCUUAACCGGGAUCAUAGAUUGGACAGGACUGACCCAUCUGAAACAUCGCACUCUGAAUUGCAUAUCCAUUCCUCUACCUCUUCAUUUGCCUUUCCUUCACUGAGAAUGGCAAGCGGGCACCCCAAUGACAAAUUCAGUUUUCUGUACCCAACAGACAGCAGUCAGAACAUUAAGAGUAAAAACAGGCUGUCUUCCACCAUGAACCCGGUGUACAGUCCAGUUCAACCGGGAAACCCGUACGGAAAUCCUAAGAAUAUGGCAUACACAGGUUAUCCUGGAGGUUACCCGACGACUGCCCCAGCAUACACAACCAAUCUUUAUCAGACGGGCAGCCCAGGAUAUCCACAAGUGCUGCUGGUGAAGCAGGCCUGGCCCCAGACCGCAUCAGCUCCGGGGCCCGGAGAAAGCUCCUAUGACCUGGCUGUGGACGCUGGCUCAGAGAGCAGGCAGUACCAGGCAUCUUCUACCGCAUUCAGAUAUACAGCAGGAACGCCUUAUAAAGUGCCCCCUACUCAGACCAAUGGAGCCCCCCCUCCUUACUCCCCAUCUCCUAACCCUUACCAAACGGCCAUGUACCCCAUUAGAAGUGCCUAUCCCCAGCAGAACCUCUAUGCUCAGGGUGCUUACUACACACAGCCGGUGUAUGCCGCUCAGCCUCAUGUCAUCCACCACACCACCGUGGUUCAGCCCAACAGCAUCCCCUCUGCCAUCUACCCAGCUCCUGUACCCGCCCCACGCUCAAACGGAGUGGCCAUGGGUAUGGUGGCAGGGACAACGAUGGCAAUGUCUGCUGGUACCUUGUUGACUACCCCUCAGCACACUCAGAUCGGAGGACACCCCGUCACCGUGCCAACAUAUCGACCCCAAGGAACACCUGGGUACAGCUAUGUGCCACCUCACUGGUAGAGCCCACCUGCCAAUCAUAUCUGGAGUCAAACAUUGUAUGCAACUACUAAAGUCUUACAUUGGCGCUCUGUGAUCAACAGUGAGGCGCCACCACGUCUGUUUGCAAGAACAAAAGAGAAAAAGUGCAAGGGUCACUUUAUGCAUUCUUAUGUGUUUUUGUAAAAGCUGCUUUUUUAUCUUUUAAUUUAAUUUUUAGUUUUCUCCUCAUGUUUUUUGGGAUGACGUUCUUGCAUUCGUUUUUUUUUUUUUCUUCAGUGUUCCACAUUUAUAUCUGUAUGAGCUCCAGAACGAUUUCGACCAAUCACGCCUCUUCAAGCGAUUCCUCUUUUGUGUUCAGUGUAAACGCUGGUGUGUAGGAAUGUACCGACGCAAUAUCAGCACCCCUCGGGUCAUUCACUCGAUUAUGCUGCCAAAUUUUAUAACCUUUAGAUAUCAGCACAGGGUUUUUUAUUUUAUUUACAGCAAACUUUUAUUUCGGCAUUCACCGCUCUCUCUCACCGGGAACAUUUUUUAUUUGUUUUUUUUAUUUACUUUCAUCAGAUUUCGUUUCCAUCGAUAACAAGGGUGUCUUCCAGCUUGUUGCUGUGUUCCUGUAGAUUUGUAAGGAAUAUAUCAUUAGUAGGCCAGUGCAAAUGUGGUUUAACCUUCAUUAGGAUAUCGAGUACAUACAGUAAUCUUAGUUAUUCACUAAAUAGGGAACGUUCGAGUGAGCCGGUUACUUUAUUAGCUUAUGUGUCAGGAUAGCGUAAGCUUCUAUAUCGUGUAUAUUCAAUUUAUAUAAAUGUGUGCACGGGUGCUCUCGCAGGGAAAUUGGCGUCACGCUCGUGGGGAACCCACGGUUUACGGCGUGGAAAAAAAUGUAUCAGUGGCACUUAGCUGGAGCCUCUGGGUGUGAUGUCAUCAAAGUGGCAUUGAACCCAAUGGAUGUGUGCCAACGUCGAGGACGGAUAGGAUAGACACUACUUUGACUUGACCAUUAAGAUCGCAUCCAGGAUUCAAAGGGAUUUUAUCGCAACCUAGAUAGCACUAAAAGCAACCAUGUAGUUUUGGGUCAAGAGUGGCUGAUAUCUAAUCCCUGGUCCUCUGUGAAAUCUUGGGUCUGUAAGCCUACAGUUGCACAGAUUUUAAGCGUAAAAGGGUAGUCGAUCAAUGCAAUAAUAAGAACGGCCUGCUUGAGUGGCUUUUAAUUGUAAUUUACAAACGUUUUCGAGAGAAUUUUAAGUUCGUAUAUACGAGGCCUCGUAUCCAUGAAUAGUGUAUUCAGAAGUGACAUAUCAAGUAUACUACGAAAUGUUAUACUAAAGCAUUGCACAUUGACAAAUAGACAUAACUUAACCAAUUAUACGGUACACUCUCAUAUUUAAUGAUGUAAUUAAGAAAAACAAGCAUUUAAUCUAGAAACCAUUAGUCUCGGUAUGUCUCUGGACGUAAUAUUGUUGUCAGUACAAAACACAGUAUCGCUCCAUUUAAGUUCUUGUUUUGGCUAAUCGACCACUGUUUCCAUAUAGUAAAGCUCAACGUGGGGAGAACCGAUUCUCUGAUCUUAUGUGAAAGUAAUAAAGUCUAGUAAUGCAUGUGUCAUGCGUUUGAAUGCAGUAUAGUGUAAUCGGAUGAAAACUAUGCCCUCGCUAAGCAUGGUUGCAUCAUGUUGAAUCGCAGCUUACGGAUUGCUUUUAUUAAUGCGUUACAUUAAAACACAUUCCCUAAAUAAAGGAGAGAAAGUGAAUCUCACCCAAACAUGUCCAGGUCACAAUUUACCCUAAAAUAUAUACGUUGCAUUUUUCCUCUUUAAAUUCUCAUUGCAUUAAUGCAGCUUUAUUAUUGCCAUUAUUAUUUUACUUGCAUUACAGUAAAAAAAUCAAAAGUAUGAAUUUAUUAACGUUAUUUUGCUUACAUUACGGUAAUAAAAAUUAGGCGAGAACUGAUUUGCUUCAUGCUGUUUAAGCAAAAACUUUUUUCUUUUUUAUUUUAGGGUGAGAUUCACCUAAACAUGACUGUAACUUUACUACAUUAGGAUCUGGAACUAUAAAAGACCAAAUGGUUUCUAAUGUAGUAAAGUUACAGUAAUGUAUGUUUGGCUUGAGCAAGUCUAAGUCAAGGCCAUUCCAACAAAUGUAAAAACAGAUUAUUGAUUGAUAAUAAAAUUUUGCCCUCUGUGCCCCUUCUUCAGUAUUACAUCAAGCAAUGAAAUAUUUACUCUAUAUCUUUGCAACAAUUCAGACUGUAUCGCAAAACUAUAGUCGACAUAAUGAAACAUUUACAAACCGAUUGAGAACUUGGAGAUAUCACGGGUGAUUCAUUCAGUACGACCAGAAUUUGCCAUCCACUCUGACGUGUAACUUAGGCGCUUUUUACGUAAGUGUUAUUUAAAGUUUUAAUUAAUGAUUGAUGUUCAGUUUUCUUCAAUAGGAGAUCUUUAUAGUUGAUCUGGAGUGGAGUGAAUUACAGUUCAUGUGGUUGAGAGGCAUUUCAGAGCACAAGUCUUCAAAGGGUUUCCUCUUCACUUACUUGCUGAUUUCGCUUUCUCUUCCUCAUUUUGCUGAUCCGAGGUCAGCAGACAUUCAAUAUUAUUUCAAAAUUCCUGAAAUACGAAACAUCCGUACUUGUUUGCACACCCUCGUAUCGCUCCAUACGCGUACCCUGACGUGGUGAAGAGGAACGUUCACGUGGUGAAGUAGUAAAACGUUUAACAUGCUUUAUUCCAGUUCCUCUUCUUAGCCAUACAAUAACGUAAUUUGAAAAAAAUAAUAAGAAAGUAAAACACUGUUAGGGUCUUUAAAACGGACUGCUAUGCUAUGAUGUUUCAUAUAUUUACCCGUCAUCAUUCCAUCUGGAGAUUUUGGUGUGCGUCAUUGUUAAAACACACUGUUUCUUGUGAAACCCUGAGAGUUGCUUUCGCCCCGAUUCGGUUUUGGUGUGAGCAUUCGAUUUCCUGUCCUCCGUUUGAUUGUUUUGAACUCGUGAUGUUAAUAUUGCAAACCCGUGCACUGUUCUGUUGUGUUGUUUCAGGGCAUCGAUCAAACGAUUGCUUACUAGCGCCCGUGACGCAUGCAGCGGGUUAUUAGCUCCAGUGAAGUCAGUGUCACGUCAACAGUACGUCAAAGUCUUUCCGCAGUAAUGAUGGGUUAUUUCACUUUAAGGCCAUUACAGAAUAACACUAUUGUUUAGGAUAACAGCGAUUUACGUUUGACCCGUACGGAGAACGAGACUUUAUGGUUUGCAUUCGAAAUGUAAAGCAAAAAUGGGAAAGUCUUCCAGAAGUGAUCUCCCUUCAUUGAGUGUUAAAGACCUCUUGCCCCAUGUGU